AUGAACUUGAUGGAUAUGCUUUCAGUGGAUCCGCCAUCUUCGAUAUACGGAAAUGGUGGAAUCGAUGAACCGUCGAUAUACGAAGGAGAAGCAGCAGCAGCAGCAACGGUCGUAGCUUUGGAUGAAAAUGGACUACUGCAGCAACUGCACCAACAACAACUGCAUCAAAAUCCUUACCUUGUCAGCCCUGGUGUUGCAAAUUGGCAAAAGAAUGAAACUAAUGCAUCAGGAGUUUAUUACGUGCCUACAUCAUUAACUGAAACUCAACUUGUACUUAUACAAAUCCUAUUACAUUUAAUCAGUGAGACAUUAAUUAAUGAGGUGAGAUUGAGACGCAAAAAGACUAGUAUUGAUAGUUUACUUGAAGUUUCAUCAAUGUCUAGUUCAAUUGCCGGUGGCGAUGGUGGUGACAACUAUUCCGAAAUUGAUUCUAACAAGGCCAAUAGUUUGAAAUUGGUUUCCAUGUGUUUUGAUAAUUUACUAAGGGUGAGCAACCACCCAUCGUUAUUGGUUAAUCAUUUUAUGCCAAAGCGUCUCUUGCUACUGCAAAAUACCACCUCACAAGCUUCUAUGUCGGGCAAAUUACAGUUUUUCAACAAGAUGAUUGAUUCGAUAUUGGAGCAAAACCGAUUACAAAAAAAUGAUGAAUUUUAUCCCAUCUUGGUAGUAGCCAAGACCACUAAGGAAUUGGAGUUAAUUGAAGGGUUGGUAAUUGGUAAAGUGUUGACUUAUACCAACUCGAGUAAUUUAAAACUAUACGAUGAUAAACGACGUCUCAAUGAAGAAGAAGACAAGGAUUCCAAAAGGGGAAUUUAUUUGAAUUUGAUUCUGACUCCACAAUUGUACAAUAAUUAUAUGAACAAGUCAACGUCAUCUAGCUAUAGAUUUAUAUUUUCAUUUGAUUCCAAAAUUGAUUCAACUAAUCCUAGUAUUGAAAUGUUGAGACUGAGUAACCCAUGUCCUAUAUUUGUUCCAAUCCCCAUUUAUUCACUCGAGCAUUUGACGUUGCAAAUACCUGAACCAAAUUCGGGUGGGUUUGAUGUUGGGGCUGAUAUGGUUGAUGGUAGCAAUGGCGAUGAAAAUGGUUCUGGUUCUCUAGCUUCUAAUCCGACGCUAUUGUGGAAAUUAAAGUUGUUGAAUACGUUGGUGGUAAAUUUCAAUAAGUUUAAGCAUCUAGUACAGAACGAAUGGCAUCGCCUGUUUUACUAUGAUAAUUACGGGGACAAGAUGAAAGUUUUUCUUGUCAAUUUGCCUCAUCCUAAACGAAUUGAUGACUUAUUUAUCAAGUUUAAUGAUGAAUGGGUAUUGCAUUUUUCUGAUGACCGAUUAUUGAAGAAAUUGAACUCAAUCUAUGAGAAACAAAUAUUCGGGUCCAUGGAAUUAGGACAACCUUUAACUACUGAUAAUUUCGCAUAUCAAUUUGCUGAAUUGCUAACAUUCAAGUUACGUCAAAUGAAUUUAGAUUUGGAAAAGAUGCAUGCUGGAAAUGAGAAAGAACAAGGAAUUGGUCAGAAACGUUUACUUGAAACGUCUAAACAAGUACAUUUUGAUGAAGAUGAGAAUACGAUAGCUGAAAGUUAUCAUAAAUUGCGAAAAUUAAAUGACGAAGCUAGCAUUGUCGAUCGCAAAUUAUCACGAGUGGAAAGUGAUUUACAUAAAGUGUCGGAAAAAGAUGCCGAUUUAGAUAAUCGUCUUCAACAAUUGAAAUCAAUUACCGAACAUAGCAUUAGUGACCUGUUGUUAUCGACACAAACAGAUCAAAUUGCAAAUUUACAAAAGGAAUUGACUGAUUUACAACAAGAAUAUGACAGGUUGACGAAUGAAACGGAAGAUUUACGAAACAAGUACCAACAGAGUUCAUCAGAAGCAGUCGCUGAGCUGCAGAAACGUACAACUUUACAAACCCAAUUGGCUAAAAUAACCAACAAGAUGCAAUUACCUGGGAUUGCCCAACUACCCGAUUUGAUCCAUCAAGAUACUAUUCUCACAAAUCAACAUAAAUUGACUCGAUUACAAGCACAACAUAAAUUUCUUAAAUCGUUUUUCCAACAGCGGAUUGAAAAGAUUUUGGUUGAACGACAGUCGAUUAUGGAAGCUAGUGGUGCGUCAGCUGGAUCUAGUAGUCGCCCAAGUAAUAGAAUAAGUCGUGAUUCGACCCCAUUUUAG